UGCUCUGCUCCUCCAAGCCCCGCUGUCUCCGUGAGGUGACGGUGUCGACGUCGAACUAACCCGGUGGACAGAGUUGCUGAGCUGAGAGGCGAAGAUAAAACUACAGCCGCACCGCUUUACGGCAUGUCGUGGAGCGCAGCGUGGUGAAAACAGCGCACGUGUGUUCACAGCAAGUGUCUGAUGUUUCACUGCUGCUCGCUGUCCACGGGUUCUGGUGAUGGAGGAGCCCCCCUGCAGAGAGGAGCCCCCGGCCUGUCAGGAGGAGGAGGACAUGUCUCAGUCUAAUGUUGUUGGUCUCAGUCUGUGUGACUCUGCCCCCCUGCUGUGGAGGGUGCAGGACCUGAAGACAGUCAGGGUUCAGGGUCUGGUGGGGGCACUGUUAGGUUCACUUCCCCGGACCCCCCGACAGAACGGACGACUGGGAAGACCACUACUCUUGCUGCCAGAGGAGGAGAGACUGCUGAGUGAACACCAGGCUGCUGCUGCUUUACCUGCUAGUAACCAGGAUGGAGUCGGGGAGGAGAUCUGUCAGUGGGUGGAGAAGUACAGGGAGGAGCAGCAGAGGAGUUUUGUGGAGCAGAGUGUCCUCGCUCUUGAGGACAGGAAAUCAGCGCUGCUGCAAGCCAUGACCUCAUCACAUACAGGUUCACAUGCUGGACCUGGGACCUCAGCCAAGGCCCUGCAGGGCCGCCUGGAGGCCCUGGACCGGAGCUUUUCCUUCCCUCGAUCGGCGAUGGCGGUCCAGCUGAGCACGGUGAGGGCCGGACUUACCUACUGCCCCAAGGACCGUGCCUUUCUGCAAGCUGACUGGCCAAUCAGAGCACAGUACAGCCCGCAUUGUGACAUUAGGUACCAGGUGUUCAGAGACCUGAGUGGGCGGGGCUUCUACCUGACCUCAGCAGGGAAGUUUGGGGGAGACUUCCUCGUAUAUCCAGGUGACCCUCUUCGUUUCCACGCCCACUUCAUAGCCGUCUGUUUGUCCCUUGAUGAGGCGGUCCCUCUGCUGGACCUCCUCUCUGUGGCUCGUCUGGGAUCCAAUGUAAAGAAGACGGUCCUGCUCUGCUCGCCGGGGCCGGACGGAGGAGUGCGGUACACCUCACUGCAGUGGAGUGGUAUGGUUUAAAGACUUGAACAGUCUGAGACAGUUCUGAAUACAGGGAAACACAGUCGAGGAGUCCAGGAGCCUCCUCAGGACCCCUGCUAGUCCUCAGAGGGGGUAAAAACUGAGAGCAAAACCCAGAAGACAACCAACAAGCAGGGACUUACGACUGCUGGAGGGGAAACAAUGUUAAUAUUACAAUGAUACAGCGGGUAAAACUCUUAAAUCCACAUGAUCCUGUAGAAAUGAAUGUGUCCACCAGGGGGCAGAAUCACAUCACCAUAAACAUGUUGGGUCCAGGAAUAAAGUUCUACCUGAACCACCUCUGAAAACGGACUGUUUCUUCUUGAUCUGAAGGAUUCAGGAUUUACUGUACCUCAGACAGACUGCAGCUCCGUGUCAUGUGCACAUCCAACAGUCAUGAUCAUUCUAGAACAAGGACUGAACAUGAAGGUCUCCGUGGGUCACAUUAGGUUCUGUCAUAUUUCCACAGACAUGGACUAGGUCACUGGUGACCCCCACCAGCAGCCCUGAGGGGUUGAAGCUGUGUUGUUGAUCACAUGGCUCUACAGCUUUCUACUCAUAUUGGUUAUUGAUCAAAAGCUGCGUUUCCACCGCAGGAACUUUCCCCAAGAACCAGGAACCUUUUGAGAAACUAUUCGCGUAUAAACCGCAGGAACCAGGGUUUAAAUUUAAUUUCAGGGUAAUUGAUUAACCCCCAAAAAGUCCCUGGUCGGGGGGUAGUACUUUCCAAAGGUUCAGGAACUUUGAAUACGCAGUUUGUCCCGUAUUUUCGUUAAUGUUAUGUUAAAGUGCUGUGAGUAAUGUCAAGUAAUAAUCUUGCAUAAUCUUCCCGGGACUUAAGGCCGCAGUGGAAACGCAGACAACAAUGGGCCAUAGGAACCUUUUAGUUCCAGGUACUUUUUGGUCAAAAUUGGCUAUAAAAACAGUUAGAAGUGCCGUAACACUACACUUCUGUCAGACACACACUCCCAGUGGUGGGAGUAUGUACUGCAGUCCUCUGAGAGCUCUGGCCAUUUUAGUAGUACAGGUAGAACAGGUGCUCCAUCCUACAAUCAGAGAGCAGCAAGUGGUUCAGACUGAACACCACUGAGUGACUACUGUUUAUACAGCAGACCCAUACCGGGAACCUGGGGUUCUUCAGCAUGGAACCAACUGGAUAUUUGCGGGGAUUCCACAUCCAACGGUACCUGUGCGACGUCAUCCGAUUGUGGUUUUUCUUGAAUAAUCUCCAAUGGCGUGGUCAUGGGGUCAUAAUGUUUGGUGGGGGUGAAUAUACACACACACACACACACACACACACAGACACACACACACACACACACACACACAAAUAUAUUGACAGAAACACACAUACAGCAUCUCCACAAUUUGGAUGAACCUUCAAAAUAAAAGUCUCAACAUAGUAAGAGGGAAUUAUUGGCUCUGUUGUACAAAAACUUAAGCAAUUUAUACUGCAAAACACAAAGGCACAGACACUUUCAAAAUAAGAGAUAGGUCAUAAAAGUUUGAUCUUAGAAGCUAUCGUCUAUAUGGGGAUAUAGUGGUACAGCUUUAUUGCAGAUCAACUUCUGUUGGGUCAUGUACAUGUGUGUAUAGAUGUCUUGCUUUGGUUGUGGGGACAAAUUUGAUUGUGAAACCAUCAGUGUGAGGUUAUUGUGGCCAGUCGUGACAGGCUCAAAAGGCUUAGUGAGGGACACCUGCAGUGACUGAGGUCAGUGUCAGGAUGAGUCUCUACGACAUGAACGAAACUGAAAGUAACGUCCUUUGUACAGAUUGAAACGAGAGGAGUGAAGUACACGCACCAAGCAUCAGGCACAUUCAAAAUUUCUCCAGGAAUUUUUUUGUUUAUUUAUACUAUUUAAACUAUGGCGCCUCCCAGUGGUGACCCCACAUGACACUCAGCAGUUCAUCCUCUCACUCUGUAGAUUUGAGUUUGGUUGUAAUUAGCUGUAACAUUUAAGAGCAGGUUAAAUUGAUUUGAACACACCCACAAACGUUUGUCAACCAAUCAUGGAAAAAUGGUACCUGAUAUCUCAAAUCCAACAAGUGAACCUUAUUCAGAGUUUAACUUAUUUGUAAGUUAAAUAAGUUAAACUCUGAAUACGGUCCUCUUGUUUGACAUUUUGACCUUACAUGGCUGCAAAGUAUUCAGAUGUGUCCGAUUGUUCUUCUUUUGUAUUUGUUCAUUAAAAUUAACAUUUUAAAAUCUUUA